AUGGCGACUCAAAUGAAAUCCGAUGAGAUGCUCAGCGAUACUCUCCGCAUCCCGCGCGAUUACGCUCUGCAGUCGCGCUUCAAGAAUCCCAACCGUAGCUCUCCAAGAAGUGUCUACUCUUUGCAGAGUUACAAUCUGCCACUCUCUCCACAGUUGGCUUGCAAUGGGCAUACUCUCAAGACGCAUCCCGACUUCACAAUGGAAUUCUGGGCAAAUACAGAAGUACAAUGCCCACGAUUCGAAAUUCGGCUUUUCCUCGAGCCGAAACCUCUGCAAGGUCAACUCAAGAAGACCAAAGGUGUGUUUGUAUCGUUCUUGGCAUACGAUGAAGUCGAGUCCUCGGAGAACCUCCCGGAGCGGACGCCAUAUAAGUGGCGAGGGGGAUUGGACCAAGAACCGCCAAGAGGUCCUAUGAGCUUUUCUCGACAGCUCAAAAAUGUUCGGUUUCGCACGAUCGAAGAUGCCCAAGGUGAAGCUGGGUUUGAGCUCCCGCGUGUAAAUGAAACCAAAUACACCGACGAGCAACAUCGGGUUUUCUCCUGGCAAAGCGAGCAUUUUAUCAAGCUGCGCCACACAGUUGAUACGUCGAACAUGUCUCCCGCAUGCAUUUAUGCGCUGGAGACCCUCAAAUCAAUCGAAGCCAGUAUAGAAGCUGGCUCGACCAUAUAUGUCACCUUUGCACUCCGUCAUUCCACAGCUUCUGAUCGCUUCCUGGAUCAAUUCUGGCCACGAUUUGCCGCGAUGCCUUCCCCGCCACCGCCAGACUACUGGGCAUUUCUGCGUUCCUCCGCGGAGGUCAAAAAGGACGACAGCUCUUUGUUAGUGUCGCACUUUGAAGUCGAUCGCAAUUACAUCGAUUGUGCCUUGUCCGAUCGGGUUGAUCCAGCGUCGGGUGGUGAAGCAAAGUUCUGGACUCCGGAAAAGAAUUUUGAUGCAGCGAAGAUUCCGUCUCCCAUUUCUUUCUGUCCUUUGCCACGUUGCGACGCUUUCCUCACCGAGCGGCAGUAUCUCUUCUACGUUCUGGGAAACUUUGAGUAUGAAAGAUACCAUAGUGACGCCCAGUCAGAAACGGCAUUCAAUGGAUCAUACUCCUGUCGCUUCGAACCUGCCGGCGACGACUUUGCUACGUACACGAUCAUCAGACCCGAUAAGGAGCAAGCGGCGAUCGAGUCUGAAUUGCCUCCGGUUGGAACGCCAGUCACCGUGAGUUGCCAACUCGAUCCAGGCAGACCUCACGAAUUCUGGAACGGGUCAGUCAUUGCUAUGCCACAAAAAGGCUACACUGGCUUCAACGUGCUCCUACAGGCCACCCGGCCUCCUCACAGUGGUGGCACGGUACAAUCCUUGAAAGAGGAUGUCACUGCAGACUUGACAUUUGGCUACGUAAAGCCGGUCUCUAUAUGGACCUCGGGCGCCAUUACUGAUCUUAUCGAGGGCAAUGUCAAAGUUCCGAAGUCUUCUUCUCCUUGCAAAUUCACGCCUUCGUUUUUCAAAGAGCUCGUCCUCGCUCAAGAUCCGCGAGCGCUAGACAAUGAGAGCGAAGAGGGUCUGCCAUUAGAUUGGCGUCGGACUGUCGAGCAUCUGUGUGACGAGCGAAACGCCAACCAGUGGCAACGUGAAGCAAUCUUUCAUUUCUUUACGCGUAAAUUCACACUCGUUGCAGGUCCUCCUGGCACCGGCAAAAGUACGCUGGUUGACAUGAUUAUGAUCCUGUUAGAGAAGUUCGACAACAAGUUCUGGUGCUGUACUGACAGCAACGCUGCAGUAGACGUCCUGGCAGAAAAGCUUGUAAAACGCAAGGGACGUCAAGCAGAAGGAUUCUUCCGACUGCGACCGACAUUCAGAGAGACCUUUACGCCGCCACUCAUGUUGGCGCAGAAUCCAGGAAUGAGCCAAGAGACGGCAGACAAGAUGCUGAACGUGGAGCUCGAUUUGCCUCUGUCGCUUGAGGUUAAGAUUCGUCGGCGUUGGGAUGCUUACGAGGACAAGAAGUUGGGCAAGCCCGAGUUCAAAGCCGAAAGAGAAUUGUUGGAGCAGUUAGUUGACGCUGCUGGGAGACUGACAAAUCCUCCCACCGAAGAAGGCGAUGAUGAAGCAAUCGAGGAGGCACAUCGGAAGGCAGAGGAAGAUUUCGGUGGUACCCUGCAGAAGCUGCAAAAGGGAUACAUCAAAAAGGCGAAAGGAAUCUUCAGUACUACUGGCGGUGCCUCAGGGCCUCUUCUACGAAACUCCUUCCGUCCUGACGCGAUUAUCAUGGAUGAAAACUCCCAGGCUAUGGAAGCUGGUUGUGUUCUGCCUAUCGUCAAAGGAAUGGCAGCUGGACGGCUCAAGCGCGUGUUGAUCAUUGGCGAUCCCCAGCAGCUGCCUCCGACGAGACUCAGCCGUCGUAAUCACGCAGCAAGCAACGGCGAGGUCUCGAUGAUGGAACGUCUAGAGGCCGCAGGCUUCCCCGUCGUGCGUCUGAGAGUGCAGUACAGGAUGCAUCCUGAUAUUAGUAGCUGCAUCAUCAAAGAGAUGUACAACACAAUGAUCGACGGCGAGAACACGGUAGCAGGCAGGCCUGCCGAUGAACAAUUCAGGAAUUUCUUGACGAUGUUGUGGACUCGAACAGUAGCGAAGAAGCGAAACGCUAACAAGUUCAAUCCCCAUCAAAACGCUAUCAUCAUCAGCCCGUCGACGAUCAAAGGCGCCAAAUUCGGCAGCGAGAUUCUCCCUGGCAGCACAUCAAGGCAUAAUGUUCAGACAGCCAUGAUGGUCUUCCAAUUGUGUAGCUGGUUGAUUAAACAUGGCAAAUUCAAGCCAAAUGAGAUCAUGGUCACCAGCUUUUACAAAGACCAGGUGCAAUUGCUUAUUGGUCUGCUCGCCGAUCUGGGCGGAAUCGGAUGUUUUACCGUCGACGGCUCUCAAGGCAAGGAGGCCCCGAUUCACAUUAUUGACUGCGUCAUACUCGGCCAAGCAGCAGCUGAGUCGAUGGGCUUCCUGUCUUCGGACAAUCGUCGUUGGAAUGUCGGUGUCUCUCGUGCUCAGAGCGGGCGUAUCUUGAUUUGCAGCGAGGACUUCGUCGUUGGCAACAGGAAGACUGGCGUUUGGGCAUCAACCAUCAUGGAGGCCAAGGCGAAAGCGGCCAUUCUAGACGAUGCCAUGUUCCACACUAGCAUGGACACCGUCGAUAAGACGCAUUUUUGGGACGUCGUGAACAAGUUCAAGGCAAGUGCAGGGAAAGGCAAGAAGACUGGAGCGCCUCGACCCAAGCUUCCAGAAGCUCAGGUCAACAAGAUCCGCAUCAGCCAUGCACACACCAUGAUCAACACAUUGCCUGGCUGUUCGCAAGACGAGGCUGCAAGGUACCUCGCGGCAUGCGACGACAAUCUCAGUGUCGCAAUCAAUACCUGGUGUGGAGAUAAUCCUCUCGCAUUCGAAGAUGAUGAUGUCGAAGAGAUUGAGCGCGAGUCUGGAAACGAUAAACCACCUCCUCAGCAGCCCUCGGCAACGAGUCGCUCCGCUCUUGCGCCAAGUCCGACCUCGCAUGCCCCCGCCGCCGCCUCGCCCAUCACGUCCUCGUCGUCGCUCGUCGCGUCGGUCCCGAAGUCCGCUCCUUCGGUCUCGGUCUCGGUCAUGCCUCUACCUCCACAUCUGAGGCAAGUCGCCACGGGACCUGCGCCGAUCACGAAACCGGUGCCGGUGCCCAUCUCGCCGCCUGGUGCCGUCGCGGCCCCCCCUCUCCCGCCGCAUUUGAGGAAGCGGUCUCUCGCUCUCCUCCCGCCGUCUGUGCCUACUGUCGCAGCAUCUGCUCCUCCAUUUCCUGCCCGCGCUUCAGCGAUGCCUCCACCAGUUUCGAUCGGUGAUCCGAUGGCAGUUUCUCGGCAAAGAUUGCGCCGUCUGCUGGAAGAGAUUGAAGAGGAGCAUGGUUUCGUGGCCACCCGGAAGAUGGUGAAUGAGGAAUGUCAGAAGCGGUACCCGUAGUUGGCAGGGCGGCUCUCGAUUGCUCUCUAUCCUUCGCGUUGAGUUGCUCUGUGUUCUGUCUCGUGCUUUUCCUUCGUUCUCUUUUGACUGGCGCUCUUGAAUAUCUCAACUUCGGUUGAACUCGUGCGCUUGGGUAUUCUCUUGUACGUAGACCAGAUGAUCAUCUGUUGACAUCUUCAUCAAGAGGUUCGUUGGCAAUUACCGGAAUGCCAAUCCCUGUUGCGAUUGUUCUGGAUUUGGGCACUCUCUUGGCUGCGGGCUUUUUGUCUUUCGGAUUAAAUUUCUGAUGAUUGAUUCAUUUGUCUUUCAAAUUAAAUACGUUCCUCAGCCUCUUC